AUGCCUGGGAAUUCAGUAAGCCACACUAGAAAGCUAAAGGGCUAUGUUUUAACACCACUGUUUUUCAACCUCUACAUGCAUGAUAUUCCUGAAACACAAGCUCGUAAAUUUAUCUAUGCUGAUGACGACGUUACAGCAUCCCAACAUGAAACUUGCAAACCAUCUGAAGAAACCCUAAACAGAGACCUGUUAGGCGUCUACUUUAGCAAGUGGGGAAAGGUACCGAAUUCCACGAAAAACAGUCCCAUCAACAGCCGAGUACUGUUAGCCGGUCUGGAUAUACAGUGCACAUGUCUUACAUGUAGAUAUUCAGAUAUUCAGACUAUGAGAUACAAAUCUGGAACCAUAAAAAGUACACCUCUCCAGUGGUUGUCAGUGCUAAGCCAUAUUACACCACCCUACCUCAGAAGCUGA